AUGGGGUCCGGCUUAUCCUUGUUGGCUCCCCAGGCCCACACGGUGGCUCUACGAGCUUACGUUGAUGUUCUACCAGGGUUCAUCUUCCUUGAUGUCAUGAAUGACAGUCGUUUUCUCAAAACGAUCAAAGCCUACGAUACCGUCAACCAAACCUUAGUUGUUGUGAAGGUGUUCAUCAAGCCCCCAGCGGUCGGUGUAAAACUCCAAGACGCAGCCGAGCUUUUGGGAAAAGAGGCACAGAUGCUAGCAACACAUCCGAAUGUUCAGUCAUGCCACAGGUUCAUCGAGACUGACCUGGCUGGUUACAUGGUCAGACAACUCGUCAAGUCGAACUUGUAUGAUCGACUCUCGUUACGCCCGUUCCUAACGCCCAUUGAAAAACACUGGAUUGCUUUCCAGCUUUUGAAAACUUUGCAAUUGCUCCAUGACGACUUACACAUCUGCCAUGGGGAUAUCAAGACAGAAAACUUACUUAUAUCUUCGUCGAGCUGGCUCACACUCACAGAUUUUUCCCAGCACAUUAAGCCAGUGUAUUUGCAGGGAGACAACCCUAGUGAAUUCGUUUUCUAUUUCGAUAGUUCUAACAGGCGCACGUGUUAUGUGGCUCCGGAACGGUUCUACCUGAAGGAGGAGGCGCCUCGAAAGGACGCGAAGCUCUUGAGUUCAAUGGAUCUAUUUUCGGCUGGCUGUGCAAUUGCAGAGCUUUAUAAUGACGGAGAACCCACGUUCACGCUCUCCGACUUGUACAAGUACAAGAAAGGUGAGCUAGAAACUAAUAUCUCGGGAAUUCAAGAUUUGCAUGUGCGUGAGUUGGUGAAAAACCUAAUAAACAUAGAACCAAAGAAACGGUCACUGGCACGAGAUCUAUUAGAGGAGUAUAGGGGCUCACUUUUUCCUUCGUUCUUCUACGAAUAUUUGUAUGGCGAGAUGUGUGAUUUGAACAACUCAGAAUUGUUUGAAGUGCCCCUGAAUAACGAGUUCAUUUCCCCCAGUGACUUGAGAAUUGAAAGGAUCUACAACUCGUUCGAUCGCAUCAUUGAGGCAUUCGACUUUUCCUACAGCGCUGAUGAUUCUCGGCUCCGAGACACUGGCCCGCUUCUAAGACUUAAUUUAAAGGGACUCCCUCGAAACUAUACAAUAAGAAGAAGAAAUGGAAAGACAAAAGAUGGCGCUCUUAUCGUAUUAAACACUGUGUGCUCCCUAAUGGGGACUCUUAAGAGACCCGAAAACAAAAUCAAAGCUUGUGAACUUAUCUUGGCAAUUUCGGAGCAUAUAAGUGAUGAGGCUAAACUCGAUAGGUCUAUACCCUACAUUUGCAGUCUCAUUGAUGAAUUCUUAGAAGAAUCAGCAUACUCCUCAUCAACUUUUGCAAUUAAUGAUGAUAACAAUUUUCCUCCGUAUACGCAUCUUUCCACGAGAAUCCCCUGUGUUGCCUUAGUGGCCGCAACAAACUUACUUGAAACAUGCCUGUCGGUGAACGCCAUCAAUGCACAUCUUUUCACUGAGUACAUCUCGCCACUACUCAAAAAUAUAGCGUUCUUGAAUUCUCCUCAUAAGGAGGAGGUCAGGUAUUUACGCAUAACGCUUGCUGCAUGCCUACCAUACUUAGCUAAAGUCUCUGAGAGCUUUGCCCUGAACGCUCGCAACUAUCACAACGCUACUUCACCUUACCUUGCGGAAAAUGGAGGGAUAUCGACGAGGUCAAGAAUAGACAGUGAAACACCCAAAUCAAGGUCUUUGAUAGAUAUCAAAGAUCUCACAGAGGCUUUGCUAACUGAUCCGGACAAUUCAGUCCGUAUUGGAUUGGUGCAUGAGAUCCUUCCGCUUUGUGAGUACUUUGGUCCUGACAAAACUAAUGACUUAAUUCUCCCUCAUUUGAUAACAUACCUCAAUGAUCCAAGCUAUCAGUUGAGGCUUGCAUUUCUUGGCUCAAUAACUCAAAUUGGGCCCUUUAUUGGGGCCUUGUCCUUUGAACAGUACUUACUUCCUCUUCUUUUCCAAACUUUGGGUGACCAUGAGCAUUUUGUUGUGUUGAAGAUUCUCGAAAUAUUCCACCAUUUUUUGAAAGAAAGGCUCAUAAAUCCCUCUUCAGAGUUCAAUGCAUUAUCAGUUUAUAAAGAAAUCCUUUCAAACUGCAUACCCUUAUUGUUGCAACCAAAUGAGUGGAUCAGACAAUCCGUGCUCAACAUCAUUCUUGUCGUCAGUGACAAUCUUCUGAACGCGGAUAGAUUUUGCUUCUUGUAUCCCAUUAUUAAGUCAUAUUUAUCCUACGACGUCUCUGUCAUCAGCUGGCAGACACUCUAUCCGUGUGUGACCAAUGCUCUCCUGAGACAGGUCUACGAGACAGCACUUACUUGGUCCACAAAUGCAUCCUCCAAAUCGCUCUUUUGGAAACAAACAAAGUUUUCGGCAUUCCAUCAAGUGAAUGGGAGAAAAAAAUUGGUCUCCUACACGAAGGAUAUCGGUAAAUCAGUAUAUGUUCCUCAUUCAACUGCGAGCUCGAUUGGAGGAAAUGCGAGAUCCCCGGAAAUCUCAUUAUCGUCAGAGGACAAACAGUGGAUUCUUAAGCUCAAGUCAGUUGGAAUGGAUGAUAGAGAUUUAUGGAAAGUAUUUACCUUGAAAGAUCAUUUUAUCAGCUAUCACAGAUCAAAGUUGCAUGCUUCAGGAAACAGCAGUGGUGAAUAUGACAUGGCAUCGAGGGUGAAUGUUCCACCUAUAAACGUAUUCUUCGACAUUUGUUUCAAGACUGAAGCUAUCGACAGCAAUGCUAAAAGGAUCGAAACCACGACAACAAGUCGAAUGAAGGACACUGGUAGUUUUCAGUCGACUAAUGAAGGAAAGGGCCUUCAUUUCGCUGCUCUGAAAGCCAAGGCCUCUGCUCUGACUAUAGCCGCCAACGUACUUGGUGAGCUAGAAACCAGUCACGCAGACGGUGUCCUACCCAAGUCUCGCCAUCACCAUCAUGUUCACUCGACGACUCAAAACUCGAAUCUGAUUCAUAGAGUGUAUGGAGCCGGAUCUUCAAGUGUGAUUUCCGCUACUAUGCGUCAUAACUAUGAGGAGCCAAAUCCACACGUGCUUAACUACCUACACAACAUAUCUUUUGAUCCUACUAUCGAUGAUUUCCAUGAUUUUGGAUCACUCAUUCGCAUUGGAAGUGACUCGUCCUACAACUUAUCUGAAUUGAAGAUCAGAGGCACAUUAGUCACACAGGUGAACGCCAAAAGUGACCCUAGCUCGCAAGAGAUUAUAAGUAAGAUUGCCAUCUGCCCUACCUCAGAAUUUUUCGUGACGGGCUCAGAGGAUGGUAAACUCAAAAUUUGGGAUAUCACGAAAUUAGACAAGAACUUCAUGUCGAAGAGUCCCAGCAUCAGCACUGAUCUCAAAAGUGCUGUCACUGAUAUUGUAUUUUUGCCUCAUCGCUUUGUUUUCGCUGUUGGUACAAAUGACGGUAACAUCCAUUUAUAUCGUUUGCUUGUCACGAGGAAUAAGAACAAGAAGAUCACAAAAUAUGCGAAGCUCUACAAGAAUCGUAUGUUCAGUAUGAAAGAUGGCUUCGCUGUCAAGAUCCAGUUUGCAAGUACUCAGGUCAAGUCGCUCUGUAUUGCUAUUACAAGUACCUGCAAGAUCAUUGCCUUUGACAUCAUUACCCUGGAGAUAUAUUUCGACCUACAAAAUCCAUUAAUUCAUGGUGUUCCAUCAGCGAUUAUUGUUGCCAAAAACGCAACGUGGACUCUUGUGGGAACAAGUGACGGCGUGUUGUGCUUGUGGGAUCUUCGUUUUGAUGCCCUUGUUCGCUCUUGGAGGGUCACUCUUGACGCUAUUGUGCAAAAGAACGCAAUCAAGAAGCUCAUGGUCAUACCAGCCAGCUCGAGACUUACCGAAAAAACAUCUAGUCACACAUAUUUUGCGAUGAUCGGUGGGCUGAACGAGGCGGACACAACUAUCUGGGAGAUUCCAUCCUUCGAGUGUCGUGAAGUUUAUACUGCUGAUACGGAGAGCCCACAGAUCAAGAAAUAUGCUCUUCAAGAGAUCAAGCUGCAAAAAGACAUCGAUUUGAAUGAGCUUUUCGCUGAUUUUGCUCUUCACCUUGAGAAGCCGAUCGACGCUAGUCCUAUUACCCUCGACUACGUACAUAGAAGUGGCGCACAUCCACACAAUGACGGAUAUUUCAUCCAAACGACCAGUGAUAAUCGUGUACUUGUGUGGGAUUUGGAGGAUAUCAAGGCUUCUGUGCUGGUUUUUGAUAAAGAUCACACCUUCAGCAAGACAAAGGUGAAUUCGAGACUCAGCGUUGCACACGAACAGAGUACAGGGCAGGGUAGAAAGAAACAAGCAUUGAACAUUCCACGUUACGAUGCCAUCACAGGGCUCGCUGUGAUACAAAGAGCACCACCGAUGAUAGUGGCGGUGGAAAGAAACGGCACCAUCAGUAUCUACAGGUGA